AUCUCCCAACUCACAAAGAGUAGUAGUGAUUUGUCUCUCUAUCCCAAAAACACCUCAAAAACUCACUCUUAGUAGCAGAAAAAAAAAGAAAAAAAGAAAGGGGCAAUGGAAGUGGCUAUGUCUUUGAAUCCAUUGGUUAGAUUACCCCUUUCAAAUUCAAGAAACCAUGAAGAUUUUUCACUGCUUAAACAUUCAGUUGUUUCCACAACAAGAAGAACAACCCAGAAGAGAAAAUUGUUAGUGGUUGAAGCAAAAGGAAGGAAAGGAGGUAUGGCUGCUCGUCAGUACCAACGUAUGGCUCCUCCUAUGCCCAAGAUUGAAGAUGAUGGAAACCCUAAAUUCGUUAUUUUUAUACGAAUGGCUAAUGUUUAUCUUUGGUACCCCCUCAAUAUCGUAACAGGUGGCACGACUGCAAAAAUUAUGGUUGCUGCAAAAGACAACUUCCUUGGGAAAUAUAUAUACAAAGAUACUCUAGCUAGGAAUCUCGCAGCAGUGAUUUACAAUGAUGAGAAGGAAAUACAGAAAUUGGCAAUGAAACAGCAUCGUGUAUUGAAGUCUGCCACAGAAUUUAGAUAUGGAUACAAACUUGUUGAGAAUAACAAUUUGAGGGCUGCCCUUUCGACCUCAGAUGUGAUUGAGCUUCCGACCCCAGAUAAGCUUAAAACAGUUGUUGAUAAGGUGAAGGAUUUCUUCGGAGACGCUAAGGAGUCAUUUGGUAAGCUGACAGCUCUUCCAGAGCCAUCAGAGGAAGAUGCACCAAAAGAAGGAUCCAAAGAUAAAACAACGUAAGUCAGGCAUAACU